UGCCAUCAUGGGUCAGCUUGGCAAAACAUGAAAUCAAGACCCACUUUGGAAUAUGUCAUGAACAUUGGAGCUGUUGCUUUUUCUUCAUUCGCAUGGAGAACCACUCAGAGUACAAGACAUUUUCAAAUCCUCAUCACGUCUCGAUAACUGCAAUCUAACAACUGCUGGUCUACAGUUACAGUGUUUUGACUGCACACUGCAGACUCUGAAAGAUCGACCAUGUCUGGAGCAAUGGUCACCCCUAGAGGUUUUGAUGACUACAGUCCUUACAGCGCCCUGUCAGAUGACGAGCUGAUGAAGCUGGCCAUCGAUCGCAGCCUCAUUGAGGACAACAACUCUAUUGGGUCAAUUCAAUCAUCACAACCUGUGGAUCGGCAACCCAAUUACCAGCCAAAUCAAUUCACGACCCGUUUCAGGCUCCCCUCUGCAACAAGGCACAUAGAUGCAAGACCCCUGGUGACAGUGAUCAAGAAUGGUGAUUUAAAGGCUUUGAAAGAGAUAGUGAAAUGUAACCCAAUGAGUCUCUUGGUACCAAAUCAGGAAGGAUGGAUUUCUCUACACGAAGCUGCAUAUUACGGUCAAAAAGAAUGCCUCAAGAUUCUAUUAAGAGCCCAUCCUGGUAUGGUGAACACAUGUGGUAGUUACAAUCAGACCCCACUUCUUUUGGCUGCCACCUUUCACCAUGUGAACUGUGUGGAGUGCCUUCUGGACAGAGGUGCCAAUCCAGACAUUGCCAAUAAGGAUGGAGAAACACCACUCUUCAAAGCUUGCGAGAAGCCCAAUGUGGAGAUUGUAGACCACCUCCUGAAGUAUGGAGCCUCAGUACACAAGGCUUGUGUUCAGGGUGAGACACCUCUCCAUGAAGCAGCCGGGCAUGCUAAUGUGGAAAUUUGCCAGAUGUUGUUGGAGGCUGGGGCCAAGCUUAAUGCAAUCAAUAAUUACGUGAUGGAACCUUUCUAUGUGGCAACACAGAAUGGGGGAGUGGACGUGUUGCACUUCUUGAUUAGCAAAGGUGCUGAUAUAAACAGCCAGGCAAGGGAUGGGGAAACACCUCUGUAUGAGGCAAGUAAGAAUGGUCACAAGGAAGUUGUGGAACUGCUUCUAUCUCAUAAAGCAGAUGCUAACCGAACAACCAAGUCUGGCCUCCUGCCUCUUCAUGUAGCUGUCCAGAAAGGACAUUUUGAAAUUGUGUCCAUGCUGAUCCCUGCCACCUGCAAGGUCAAAGUUCAACGCAGUGGCAUCAGUCCCCUCCACCUGGCUGCCGAGCACAACAGGGACUGGAUCCUGGAGAUGCUUAUCGAGGCAGGCUAUGACGUCAAUGUCCAGCUCGCAGAAGACCGAUCCAAAAUGUAUGAGGACCAUCGCAGCACAGCCCUCUACUUUGCUGUCACCAACAGCAACUUAGAGGCCGCCAACAUGCUUCUGGAGGCAGGCGCUAACCCCAACCUUGACAUGUUCAACCCUCUUCUUAUUGCUGUGAGGCAGGGUUACAUGGAAAUGAUCACCGCUCUAGUGGAGCAUGGAGCUAACAUGAAUGCGUCCAUCCCCACACACCCCUGCUCCUUCCCAGCAGUGGUCAUGCUCGGUAUGAAGUAUAUGCACAUCCUGAACUAUCUGAAGUAUCUGAUGUCCAAUGGCUGUGAUGCCCUUUCCUGUUUUGACUGCACAUAUGGCAGCAAGCCACACCCACCCCUGAAAACUUCAAGAAGGGGCAGCGUCUUCGGCGAAACUUUGCACUACAUUACUGACGAGGACGAAGCUCGACGCAACACUUGCGUCCAGUUCUGUGAGGCAAUCUCCGAUCCGACAAUUAGCCACUGGGCAGGACCCAUCAUAGAUGUGCUCCUGGAUUACGUUGGCCAUGUGAAACUCUGCUCCCGGCUGAUCGAGAACCUGGAUAGCUACCGUGACUGGGCAGGGAUCAAGGUGAAAGCAAUGCCACCACAUUCACUGAUGCAGUUGUGCAGGCUGAAGAUCCAUCAGCAGGUUGGAAUCCCCAGACUGAGGCACAUCGACACCCUGCCCCUCCCACCAAGACUAAUCAAGUUCCUCAACUAUAAAAAGGGAAAUUCACAGGAUAUCUAGGAAUUUAUUUUAAUUCUGUUGAUACAAUGGCAGGAGUAACAUUUGAAUGAAUCUAUUGUAAAUUAUGUGUAAAUGUAUGUACUUGUAGGUACUUGGGUUUGGUUAGCAAAAGCAAAAUGGACUCUUAUGGACUACUAAAUUAAUUGUUUACCCUCUGAGUGAGUUUUUUUUACACUAAAGUACAAUGAAGUUGCCUGUAUCAGAGAAAAUAGCACAGCUUGGAAUGCUUCUUAGGCAAUUAGAUUGUUUGGCCGGAACUAUCCGUUUUAUAAUUGAAUAUAGUGAUUUCGGUAUUGCAUUGUGUACAAAGGUCUGUUGCCACAGGUGGGUGGAACUAUUUCAGUGUUUUAUGUGGGGGGGAAAAGUAAACAAAAAAGUCAAAUGAUUGAUGGAUAUUGCAAAUGUAUUGACAGAUUUAUUAUGACUCAUGUAAUGCUAAUGCUAUCAUCAGUGCUUGCUUGAAGCAGAGCCAUACACUGUCUGAAACCAAAACCAAACACUGUAUAAAUAAAGUUUUAAAGG